AUGUCUUACCAGGAACAGCAGUGCAAGCAACCCUGCCAGCCUCCUCCUGUGUGUCCACCACCAAAGUGCCCUGAGCCUUGUCCUCCCUUGGUGUGCCCUGAGCCUUGUCCUCCUCCAAAGUGUCCUGAGCCUUGUCUUCCCCCACCAUGUCCCCCUCCCUCAUGCCAGCAGAAAUGCCCUCCUGUGCAACCUCCUCCACCCUGCCAGCAGAAGUGCCCACCCAAGAGCAAGUGA